AUGGUUCACCAUAAAGUUACAAUUAUUGGUUCAGGUCCAGCUGCUCACACUGCUGCCCUUUAUUUAGGGCGUGCAGAGAUUCCUCCUACUAUGUAUGAGGGUCUUAUGGCUAAUGGUAUCGCCCCUGGGGGUCAGUUAACCACCACUACAGAGAUAGAGAAUUUUCCAGGGUUCCCUGAUGGGUUAAUGGGUGGUGAGUUGAUGGAUCGAAUGAAACAACAAUCUGUCAAGUUUGGUAACAAUGUUAUCACUGAGACUGUAUCCAAAUUGGACUUGUCAACUAGACCAUUUAAGUUAUGGACAGAAUUUAAUGAAGAUGCAGAACCUGUCACUACGGAUGCUGUGAUCAUUGCUACAGGUGCAUCUGCCAAAAGACUACAUUUACCUGGCGAAGAAACCUACUGGCAACAAGGGAUAUCUGCAUGUGCUAUCUGUGAUGGUGCAGUACCAAUAUUUAGGAACAAGCCACUCGCAGUUGUAGGAGGUGGUGAUUCCGCUUGUGAAGAAGCUCAAUUUCUAACUAAAUAUGGUUCUAAAGUGUUUAUGAUUGUCAGAAAGGAUCAUUUAAGAGCCUCUACAAUUAUGCAAAGACGUGUUCAAAAGAAUGAUAAGAUCGAUAUAGUCUUCAAUACUGUUCCUUUAGAAGCCAAAGGUGAUGGUAAAUUCCUUAAUGCAGUAGGUUUAAAAAAUGUUCAAGAGAAUAAAGAAUACGAUUUACCUGUAAAUGGACUAUUUUAUGCUAUUGGUCAUAAUCCUGCAACAGAGAUAGUUAAGGGCCAAGUCGACAUGAACGAUGCCGGUUACAUCAAGACCGUUCCAGGUUCAUCAUUAACAUCAGUUCCAGGUGUAUUUGCUGCUGGUGAUGUUCAGGACUUUAGGUAUAGACAAGCCAUCACGUCUGCAGGGACAGGUUGCAUGGCAGCUCUGGAUGCCGAGAGAUUCCUUUCCGAGCAGGACUAA